GCCACGUAGGGAAAGUGGAACUAAUACAAACACCGGUACUUUGAAAACAAGCUUAUGCAAAAUGAAAAUCAAAGAUACAAGUAGGAUACAUGUUAGAAGACAAUUUGCAAGUACAGCCCAGAGGCGUCUUGGACUUCUGGAUGCGUUUUUACCAAUAUCUUUAUUAGCUUAUUUUCAAGAUGCUGCUGCCGCAGGAGAUAAUGUGUCGGAGUCAUCUUUGGCAUCUUCUGAAAAGAACGAUUAUUUAUUUGAAUCGUCGACAGAAAAAGGAGAGAAAGGAUCGAUUGUACAUAAACAUGACAAGCUUUUAAAGUUUUUGAUAGGUACAAAAUCUAUCUUGAUGCAAUUUAGAGAGUUAAGUCAAGAAGGUUGUGAUAUCUUAUAUCCUUUUACUGGUCUUAAAAAUAAUUAUAAAUAUCGUCAAUCAUCUUCAAUCAAUGAUCAACUAUCAAAUAAUUUUCGUAAACGAGUUCUCGAAAGAUUAAAUCCACGUCGAAACACAAUAGACGAACCUCAAUACAAUGCCUUAAACAUUUAUCUCAAAAAUAAAGAUAUGAAAUCGGCUGAAAACAUUGUAGACCUUGAUCCGAGUUCUAUUUCAUUCUUAUUAAACAAACGCAUUAACCAAAGUAUAAAAAAGAUAGAUACUCUUGCUGCCCGUGUGUCUGAUCCAUGUUUGAAGAUUUUAGUAAUAGGAGAGGUGAAAUCGAGGAAAAAAUCUUUGAUAAAUGCACUUAUGCAUCAUAGAAUAGUGCCAAUGGAGCUACAAAUGGAAAGGGUUCUGUUCUGUGAAGUAUUAAAUGUAAAAGAUAACUCUGGUGAAGAAGAAGUUCAUGCUAUUGAAGAUAUUGAAAAAUAUAAUCGAAAAGAUCCGGCAACAUAUUCAAUAAUCCCGUUAGCGAAUCUAUAUAAUACUAUCAGUAAUUCUACCAGGGAGAUUGCUUGUAUAAAGGUUUACUGUAAAGACAGUCGUUACAUCCAAGCGACUCUUCUAAAAGACGAAAUUGUGGAUAUUGCUUUGAUUGAUUGUUCCAAUUUUCUUCAUGACGCGAUUAAAAUCAGAGAUGCCUUUAUGUUUGUAGCUAGUUCUGAGAAUUGUAUUGUGUCAUCGGUCAAAGAUUUGUUAUCUAAUACAUUUGAUGAAAACAACAAUUUAUUUAUUGUGUUAAACCAGUUUGAUAAUAUUUCAGACAAAGUAAAUUGCAAGCAGAUGGUCACGAAUAAAAUUUUAGAAUUCUGCCCAAGCAUUAAACAUGAUGUAGAAUUGCUCCAUUUUUUGCCUACCAAAAAAAAGCCUUCUUUCAAUGUCGCGAAUGAUCUUCAUCAGCUUAGAGAAUCUUUAGCCAAUUUGGUAGCAAAAAAAAUAUUUAAGACCAAAUUUGUACCGGCGCAAGAUUACCUUCGUUCACUUGUUAUAGAUAUUGGAGUUGUUGCAGAAUUUAAUUUAUAUAUGGCAUCAUGUGAGUCUGAAAAGUUCGAACGAGAACUCGAAGAGGACAAAGCAGCUUACGAGCAAUUAUGCAAAGAUUUAGAUGAAAUUAGUUCAAAAGCCAAAAAAUACGCCAAAACAACAUCCAAUUUUAUUAAAAAAAAUACGAGAGACAGGGCAAUAAAUGCCAUCGUUAAUAUGGAACAAAAACCCAACAUUCAUAAAUUAGAUUUUCGUGGGGUACUUUCAACAUUAAGCUUCGCAAACAAUGUCCGUGAUGCUAUGAUAAAAGAAAUUUCAGAAGAAAUUUCUAUGUGCGAGAAAAUAGCGAAAAGGCAUGUUGAUAUUUGUAUUUCUAAAAUAAAUUCAUUGGCAGAAAGAUUGGAGGGGGAAUUUAACGAAAUCAGCCUUGAAGAAAUGUAUUCCGGCCAUACGCUUUCAACUUAUAUUAUUCAAAUUUAUUUCUUGGAAUUUUUCUAUUUCAAACAAAGCCGUGAUCUGAGCACAAAUGAUGAUAGACGCCUUACAAUUGCAGCGACUUCAAAAAUUCUUACAUUUGCAAAUUUAUUGGGGGUUACAAACUUUCUAGGAUUGCCUAAAACGCAACGUUGGGUAUCACGUUUAUUAUGCAUAGCAGGCAUUGGGCUUUUUGUAAAAUAUAUUCUUUGUAAUAUGAGAAUUUCUAUAAUACGAAAAAUAGCUUUAAAAAUACGAGAUCAAUUAAGUCAAACAAAUUUCGUUGAUAAUGAAGCAGAACGUAUAAUGAUGCAAAGCGAUGUAAAGAUUGAUUUAUCGAUUGAAUAUUUGGAAAAACGAAUUAAACAGACGAUCCUCGCUGCACAACAAAGGCGCCUUGUUACUCUUACCGCAUACAAGGGAUCCAUUGAGAGCGCUGAGUUUUUCAAGAAAACAUUCAGAAGAGCCGAAAUAAUUUUCGAAAACUUAGAUAAUUUACGUAAUAUGACUGAGGAAUUGGAAUUUUAA